UAAUAUAACUUGAACACCGCCUGAAGGGAGGAACUGCAAACUAAAGCAUUUUUAAAGGCUUCAAAUAAAAUCGUUUACAGACCGUUUUGUGGGCCGCUUUGAUGUUCAAAUUUCGCUUUAAUUGUUGAAACUUUCAAAGAACGAAAAUGACUUACAUACAUUAGUUUCGUUUCGAUAUAAGUUUACUGCUCUGCGGAAUGGAUCGUAAAAGAUAGGAAACUAUUUCAAAAUGUCAAUGGAUUAAAUUAGACGUUAGUAAAUGUUCGCAAAGGAAAUUGUAUCGUCUACGAGGAUAAAGUAAUAAUAACCUGCAAAGAGAGCUGUAUCAGUUGUGUUCGUCGCAUAAGAUGCUUUCCACGCCGGUGACUGGGGUCAUUUGAGUGUCUCGUCGUGCCAGCCUCGUGCUACUAGACGCUACCAAGUACAUCGAAUUACUUAAGUAAAUUUAGGACAAAAAACAUGCUUCACAGAAUUAUAGAUGAAAGCAUUGGACGAAUACGAAACAGACAAUAGUAUAUUGGUAUACAAAUAUGCACGUGAUAUCAAAACGGGAUUAGAAUCUGCCUACGAGCGAGUGCGUGCAGUUUUGAUAAUGGAUGAUCCUAGAGUGACAGGAUCUCGGAGAUUUCGACGCUUGACAGGACCGGAAGUCCAAUUUUGCCCAAGACAGACUGGUUUUAAAUAUUUAUGAAAAACGAGUGUCGGGGGGAUUGAGCUAGUCCAAUUUGGGUGAUUGCAGACGGAUUUUCCAAACUUGGGAAUUUUCGAAGAGACUUUUGUCUUCAACUGAAAUUAGUUGACGCAUUUUGUUCAAAUUGUUUCUGGAUUUAAAUCUUGAAAUAUUAAAGAACUGUGAAAAGUGUUUUCACCGAACAAAAUAAAGUUCAAAGAAAAAUGGAUCUUAAAACAUUAAGACAUGAAAUUCUGACAUUCGGAAUGAUUCUUCUUCUCUUGACUGGUUCCACAAAUUCCGCACCAAAUAAGUGCACUUUGCGUGGUCAAAUCCACACCAGCCUGGAAUGGUACGGGUACUUACUCCAAAAAACUUUUCAACAGAACGUCAGCCUUAUUGAAUACGCAAUUUCGUACCCAGUGGGCGAAUGUUGCGCGAACAUGUUAAUAUACUACGACGACCAGAUGAGGACACUUUCAAAAGAUAUGACAUGUCCGGAAAGGGAGAAAAUCUUGUCGACUCCAAAUCAGGUCAUUCCAUUGAACGUCAAAAACGAAACGGUCGGCUGCGUGCGCCGCCACCUCCGCGGACAGGAAGUCGUAUGGUGCGUGGGAGAACGGACGCUCAAAUCGACAUCGCCGCGCGCUUGGUACGUCGCAUUGAGCCGCUGCGGCGCAGCCAACACCCCAAUCACAUUCGAGUACGAGUUUAACGUAACAGGUUUCUAUGGAAACUGCGAGGACGACCCUCUUGAUAAAACUUUCAUACCUGCGAAAGAAGAGGUCACGACGAAUUCAACUGGUGUUCAUCUGGCGAUCGCUCUCGGCGUCGUUGCCGGCGUAGCCAUAAUCGUCGCCGUUGUGUUUAUCGUACUUUUUGUAAUCAGUAAACGACAACUGGCGCAGAAGCCGAAGACGAGCGGCUCAGUGACAUCAUCGCAAGCGACAAUGACGCAGGACAUUUUCUACGUCAAUCCCUCCCUCUCCGACCGAGAGCAUUCCCAUUCGGAUUCCCAGUACAGCCGUUCGAGUUCAGAAAAUUAUUAUGAAGUCAUCCCCGACCGCCGGAGCUACGAAAGCAUCAACACCCAGCUGGCGCUCCACGGUGGCCGAACUCUAAAUAUCACCGGUAUACCACGCGAUCCCCGCGCGCGAAUCCCGUCCUACAUUUUCGAGGACGUGCCGCCGCCACCAUAUCAGCCUCCUCACGGUCAAGGCCAAGGUCACGGUGGUCAAGGUCACGCGCAUCAGGGAUCAAACUCGUCGGGUCAUCAUUCUCAAGGGUCCGGAUCCGGUCAUCCGCUUCUGGGAACCCAGAGUCCCUAUUCAGGAGGCGGGCUUCAUCACAUUCCGCUGCAGACGAGAUUUAUACCAAUCACCACUGCCCAGGGGUUGAGUGGCCCAGUCACUAUGGCUACAACGCGCGUUCCGUUGCAUAGCAACUUAAACGGACCCAUUUCGUCUGGAAUCAGCAGUUCCGGUGUGCAGACGACAAGUUUUAACACCACAUCCGGCGGCGCAUGCGCGGACCGCGAUGAUGCGCACAAUGGCGGAAUAACAACUUCCGCCGGGGGACUAAACUCUCAUGGGAAUAACGCGGUCUCGAGAACACAAAUGAAUGACAUGACCCAUCCUGUGACGUCACAAAAUGGUGGCCAAAUGCAAAAUGGCGGAACACUUGGUCGGUACACUUUUCAUAACACAAAUCAAGGAAAGCUUUUAAACCACAAUUAUAGAAUUCAGCAGUUUGAAACUACUGCGUAGCGUAAUUUAGAUUUAUCACCUGUGUUUUAGUGUUAAAGUUAAUGUUGUCAUGAAACUGACGUUAUAAACGAAGUUGAUUGUUAAAGAAUUUUAUUUCAAAUAAAUUGUGUGUGUAUUAGUCUUUGCUUGCUAUGAAAGUUGUUGAUGUCGUUAUUGUUAUUUAUAGAGUUUGAUUUUCAACAUAUGGAUUCAUGAUCAAAACGAGCAAGUGUUUAAGUACAUGUAUUGUAUUGCAAGUAGUAAAUGCUUCUGCUAUAUUUAUUUUGCUAUGUACAAUGCAGCGCUAGUUGUAGUAUGGCAUUUUACAGUCCUAUUUACCGAUAGGUGUCUGUAACUUUAAGCAUUUUUCCAAACAUUUCUUGUUCUUUCGUUUUCGGUCAAGUUGUGUCUGUUAUUUCAAAACUUAAAAACGUGAACUUGCAUUUAUAUGUUAUUUUCUUGUAUCUUUACCAAAUGCAUUUGUAUAUAUAAUAUCCAACAUAAGAAAUUCUGAUCAAUAUUGAUCAAACAUCAAGGAACUGUUUUCUUUAUCAAUUAAUGAUUUCACUUUUAUAUGCUUAAUGCUUCUAGGAUGUGUUCAAAAUGAUUUUGUGUUGUUUAUGAAGUCAUUGAUGUUAAAACAAUAACAUGAAAUGUUUAAUCGGAUACAUUUGAAAGCGUUUCCCAAAUGUAUCGCAUUUAAACACUAAGUCUGCACAUUAUUAUAUAUUAUGUAUUAAGUACGAACGCUAAACGGGAUAUUGUAUUCCGUAGUUCGAGUUUACUAUAGAAAGAUAUAUAUUCUAUUUGUAAAGUAUUUAUUUAAGACACAAGUGAUUUUACAAUGACACAACAUAGUUGUACACAAAUACAAAUACACAGGCGGAGUCGUAUGAUCCAUACGUCUAUGAACUGGUAGGUCUCCAUAACAAAUACAAAUUCAAUAAGAGCUUAAAUAACAUGCUACGUGUCUGUCUUUUGCGGCUUCUUUUUUGCCAAAAUGUGCUAUUUUGUAUAAAAUGUAGUUUUUUUAUUGUCUAAUGGAAACAUUAUUUAAAACCGUUGGAUUUUAUGAUUUAUAGUGUUUGUAUAAAUAUGACGUUGAAAUUAAAAAAUGUGCAAUC